AUGCCUGCAGGCUAUGAGGGGUUGGCCGUCGGUCUCCAGGAUCAGGCCGUGGUGUGGAUUACCGUGCAGAUUGGCCUGGAGAAUGCAGUUGAGAUGUUCCCCAUCUCAGUGCAUGAUGCGAUGAUGGUGCGCGAAGUGCUGAAGGUUGCGGAGGAGAAGCUCGAAUGUGCUAUUGAGGAUCUUCGUCUCGACUCGAAGUACUUAGGCAAAGGUCAGACUGUCCAGGAGGCAGGAUUGAAAGAUGGUGCGAAGAUUACUGCGGUUGCAAAAAAGCGGGAAGAGAUCCGAGAUCUUUUGCUGAAGAACUUGCAGGAAACGAAGACGCGAGGAGGCAUUCAAGUCUUCGAGGAGCACGAAGUGGAAGUGCGCAGGCUCGUGUUCAUGCCGGCGGGGAAUUUCUGCAGCAAAGAGACCAUAACCGUCUUGCUCAAUGGCAAGAAGGAGAAUGACAACACCCUGCGCUGCGGAGAGUGCGGUGAGUGCAAGGCGAACGGCAAGACUCGGAAGGCUCUGUGGGGCCCUGCCCGGCCCAUGAAUUUGCGCAUCCUUGGCGACUUGUCAGACGAGUGCAAGAUGUAUACCUUCAAACGCGACGAUGAAAACAUCGCGGUUGUCAAAGCUUGGGCUGUGCUGCUCGACGAGGAUUUCGAUGCAACGUUCAAUCUGCAGGACGAAGACAAGUUCGACACAUACGCACGCAGCGCGCUGCAAGACUGGAAGCAGGUCUUCAGCCGGGUCCUGCCGGCAGACGUGCUCAGCAGCGGCCAGUGGAAGCUUGCCGUACAGAAAGUACCCUACAGCAACAACUUCCUGGCCGUUUCAGGCUCUCAGAAAUCGCUCCUGGAAGCCAGCAAGAAGUGUUACUUGUUACGGCAGUACUUUGGUAUCCCGGGCCUGGACCACGAAGGUAUCGUGAACUCCAAGUUCAAGCCCUUUCAGGGCAUUGAAGACGACCGCCACUACAUGCUGUACAUGCGGAAGGGCAAGAACAAGGAGUUCAAAGCGAAUUUGGAGGACAGGGAGGAGUUUGCACUCGACAACAAGAGUGCCCCAGACGACACUAUCCAGAGAUCUACUGCUUCGGGCGAGAUUGUCAAGCUUUGGGCCCUCGAUGUUCUAGGACGUGGCAACUUCGCCACGGUGAUCAGCGUGUCUUUGCUGGUGGAUGGGUGGCAGGGCAAGAAGCGCGGGGAGAAGCUGGCUCUGAAGCUGCUUCACAACUCACGCGUUGGUGAGGCGGCCAGGAGGUUCGAAGCUGAGACGGCGGCAUCCUUCGCGAACGACUACAUCAUCAAGACCUUUGACUGGUUCCAGAUGUCCGGCGAGCAGAUAAAGGCUAAAGAUGAGAACGCCUGGAAGACAAUAAGUGGAAUUGACUGCGGCAUCCUCAUGGAGCUUGCUGAUACAACCCUCGAGCGUUUUGUCUACGAUCAAAGUUCUGACACAGGGAGACAGAUGACAAUUGGGUGGCUGCAGACAUGUCAAAGGCGCAUGCAGGAAAUGGCAAAAGCUGUGAAGUACUUGCAUCAGGACAUGAAGGUUGCACACCGAGAUUUGAAGCCGGACAAUGUGCUACUCAAGAAGAUGGAGAACGGUGAUUUCCGCGUUCUGAUCUCGGACUUCUCCUUAGUGAAGGGCACGCAGGAUUUUGCAUUCAACUCUGUGAAGGGUGCAAACCCGUACCAUGCUCCGGAGAGAAGCCAGACUGGGACUGGGUGGGAGAAUGAAGAGAACAUCCAGAAAGGUGAUGUGUACUCCCUGGGUCUCAUCUUCACUGCCAUGGCCCACCGCAAGCGCCGCACCAAUCCGGAUGCCAUAGAUCCAGAUUUCAAGACAGCCAAGGGCAAUGCAUAUACUUGGCCCCACGAGCUGCAGAAUCUUAUCCUGUACAUGGCAAAAGAAAGUCUACAAGAGAGAAAGGACAUUCUGUGGGUGACGUCGGGGGCCUUCUUCGGCGAGUUAGGCCGACUCAGGUACACCGUGAAGCCAGUGCUGGAAGGCCAGCCGCUAACGGCGAAGUUUCCACAGGUUAUCGAAAGCUGGGAGGACAACGCUGAAAUGGCAACACUUGUCGAUGACAAGUUGAAAGAUCUUGGAAUGCCAAGGGGAACAAAGCUACAUAUUGUGGGCCGGCCUGACACAAAGAACAAGUGCAUCCACGUCCGGCAAAGGUGA